UGUCGAAAUGUCAAUUGUAAAUUCUAAGGAUGGGAUUACAAUCCGCAUUAUGACUGCAGAGGACUACAAGCAUGUGAAAUCUUUUAUGACAGAUCACUUUUUCACUGGUGAGCCACUUGGAGCGUCUUCGGGUGAGAAUGUGCAGCAUCAAAACGAGAAGGAGAAUGAUGAGUUUCAUCUAUCGAUGAUCCAUCAAGGCACUUGUCUUCUGGCCAUAGACGACAAUCAAAACGGACGCAUUGUUGGUUUAGUACUAGCCGGUGCCGAAUAUCCUAGUGAUCUGGAAAAGCAUCGCCGUGAGGCAGAAGAAAUGGAACAACAUUGUUUUGGACGCAUUUGUCGUAUGUCAUCCAAACUUGAAAUUGAAGCCAAUAUCUUUAAGAGGUAUCAAAUUUUCAAGGUUCUUUACUCUUACAUCACCAAUGUGGAUAGCUCAUUGAGGGGCAAGGGUUUGGGUUCCCGAUUGGCAGCCGCCCUAAUGGAUGUAGGUCGUUCGAAAGGCUUCCCUAUGAUGGCUGCCAUUUGUACAAGUUUCUAUUCUGCGCGACAAAAGGAAGCAUUGGGGAUGAAGUGCAUUCAUUCAUUGGCCUAUGCCGACUACAAGGAUGACCAAGGACAAGUAAUCUUUCAACCACCUGCUCCACAUACUCACGCUCGUUUUAUGGUCAUUAAAUUGUAGACACGUGAUGAUAAAUCUUCCACUUUGUGGGAUUGCGUUUGUGAUCUUAGUUUUUGUACUAAGCUAGCUGUUCAAUGAAGCAAUUCGUUUCAAAUAAGACUUGCUAAU